AUGUCCAGCCGCAGCGGGAUCGGCGAGCUCGUGCGACAAGUCUCCUCAUCGAUGGGCUUGCCUGAUGGACAGAAGGUGGAGGAUAUGCAGCCGGAGCAGCUUUGCGCCCUGCUGAAAAGCGAUGCAGCGCAUGGGCUCAGCUCCGGCAAAGCUGCAGCACGGUUGAAGAAGGAUGGCCCCAACCAGCUCGAGCAAGAGCCCCGGCUCGGGCUCUUCAUGCUCUUCAUCCUCCAGCUCACAAGCCGGG